AAAAAGCCUAAAGAGUCAUAAAUAGGAAUAUUUAUAUAUAAACAGAGAAGGGUAAAUCAACGGCAUGUUGAAUAUUGAAAACAAUCAUGGUAUUGCACUUACCCACUCCAAUAUCAACAUAAUCAAUGACCGUGUGUCUGAAAGUUCUAGUCCGUGUUUUGUUUUGCAGAUAAAAUCAAUACUCCAUUAAUCACUCUUUUUUAACCCAAUUUCGGUGGUGUAGACGACCAAAAUCCACAUGUUAGUUUAUAAUAAAGAACAUUUAGCAUCUCUAUACUAAUGCUUCGUUUUUGUAGUGGAUACUGAAUGAUAUAUCUAUCAUAAAAGUUCUUCGAUGUUUCAGGCAAGAAUGCAUCAAAGAAGCACAGAUGAGAAAGAGCUUGUCAGAGUGCCAUACAUUGGCACUUUCAUUUAUAUUCUUGAUCUCUAGUCAGUCGACCAUCUUUUCCAAGAUGAAGUUCAAUGAAAAAGUUGCGUUGAUGAAAAAUUUGGACGUUAAUAAGAAUUUAAAAGUGAUGGAAGAAAGCACUAUUUUAACAUACUACCAGACUACACAAGCCUUGCAACAGUUUGGUAUUGAUGAAGAUGAAGCAAUGAGCGAAAUGGAGAACAUUAGAAGCAGCUGUAGUGGUCAUGAGGCGAAAAUGGCGGUAAGAGCUGAAUUAUUGAAUUUCUCUUCAAACCAAUGCGAAUCAAACCUAAUAAUCGAAACUCUGCGUUCAUUCUUGAUAAAUUGUGUCAUAUCAUUAGGCAAAAAUACCAAACACUAAUUGUGAUUAUUAAAGAAAAUAGGGCGGUAUAGUCAUAUCUAGGGGUUUUUUAUUUUUAUUUUUGAAUAUCAUCAGUUUAUUACCAUAAAUCAUAAAAAAGAAAUCAUAGAUUAUAAGUGCAUGCAGGCCCACCAUAUUUCCC